AUGGAGCCGAUCCUUCUCCUCUGCCUCUCUCUUCUUGCCCACGGGGCGGAGGCGGCGUGCAGAGAGGCCAGGUUCGGGGGGGCAGUUCUCCCGCUGAGGGCGCAGCAGCUGGUGCUGGCGCCUACACAGGCACCGCCAGCGAACAGGCUCCGGUUCCGCCACGACGUCAGCCUGACCGUGCCGGUGGCGGUGGGCGCGCCGCCGCAGAACGUCACGAUGGUGCUCGACACCGGCAGCGAGCUCUCCUGGCUGCUCUGCAACGGGAGCCGCGUGCCGUCCGCGUCCGCACCGCCACGGGCUCCGGCAGCGUUCAACGGGUCGGCGUCGUCCACGUACGCCGCCGCGCAUUGCUCGUCGCCCGAGUGCCAGUGGCGCGGGCGCGACCUCCCCGUCCCGCCGUUCUGCGCCGGGCCGCCGUCCAACUCCUGCCGCGUGUCCCUCUCCUACGCCGACGCCUCGUCUGCCGACGGCGUCCUGGCUGCCGACACGUUCCUCCUCGGCGGCGCGCCGCCCGUGCGCGCGCUCUUCGGCUGCAUCACCUCCUACUCGUCCACCACGGCCAACGGCAACGACGCCGCCACCAAGUCCUCGGAGGCGGCGACGGGCCUCCUCGGCAUGAACCGGGGCAGCCUGUCCUUCGUGACGCAGACUGGCACCCUGCGCUUCGCCUACUGCAUUGCCCCAGGGGACGGGCCCGGCCUCCUCGUCCUCGGCGGCGACGGCGCCGCCCUGUCGGCGCCGCAGCUAAACUACACGCCGCUGAUAGAGAUCUCGCAGCCGCUGCCGUACUUCGACCGGGUGGCCUACUCCGUGCAGCUGGAAGGCAUCCGCGUGGGCGCCGCGCUGCUCCCCAUCCCCAAGUCCGUGCUCGCGCCGGACCACACGGGCGCGGGCCAGACCAUGGUGGACUCGGGCACGCAGUUCACGUUCCUCCUCGCCGACGCCUACGCGCCGCUCAAGGGCGAGUUCCUGAACCAGACGACCGCGCUCCUGGCCCCGCUCGGCGAGCCCGACUUCGUGUUCCAGGGUGCGUUCGACGCGUGCUUCCGCGCGUCGGAGGCGCGGGUGGCCGCGGCGAGCCAGCUGCUCCCGGAGGUGGGCCUCGUCCUCCGCGGCGCGGAGGUGGCGGUCGGCGGGGAGAAGCUCCUGUACAGGGUGCCCGGCGAGCGUCGCGGUGAAGGCGGUGCCGAGGCGGUGUGGUGCCUGACGUUCGGGAACUCGGACAUGGCGGGCAUGUCGGCGUACGUGAUCGGACACCAUCACCAGCAGAACGUCUGGGUGGAGUACGACCUCCAGAAUAGCCGCGUUGGCUUUGCGCCCGCGCGCUGCGACCUCGCCACCCAGCGCCUCGGCGCCCGAGCAUAG